AUGGCCAAAGGUGGGGCGAAGAAGCGCCUGGAGGAGAACGCGGCGACGCUGAAACGGCUGUCGACGACGAUCAACGCGGCGAUCGCGUUUCACGUCGUCGUGCGCGUGCUCUUGAGGCGUCGAAGCGUUACUAAGUGGAAACUCUUCCUGGCCCUCUUCACGGCGCUCGUCUCGCGCUGGUCCCUGCGAUCGCUCGAAUCGUACGCCAAACCGACGUUCGGGGAGAACGGCGAGGUUUUGGACGGCGGUGAGAGCCUGCGAGGGGGGUUGACGGAAUAUUAUCAGGAUUUGAUCUACGUCGGCGCGUUUGCGCUCGUGGCGACGACGUACUCUGAUAAGUUUUGGUGGGUGACGCUCGUCGUUCCAGGUAUAGCGACGUACAUGAUCGUGACAAAGUUUGUGUUGCCGUACAUGCUCGCUCCUAGAGAGGCGGAAGAGGCAGAGCGAAAGGAAACCAGGGAGGAGAAGAAGAGAAGAGAGCGUUCGGAGCGCAGAGCGCAGAGAAAGUUUCGGUAA